AAAGAGUCUUACAAGGGGGCGACGGCAGGCGCCCUUCUCCUUCCUGUACUGGGCCAGCCAUCAAGCGCGCCGUCGCAUCAAAAUCAGUCACGCCGCUGCAACACUUCUUGAAAAACAGCAGUAGUUGAUAUUUUAUCGUGUUCGACUCCGCGUGUAGACGAAUCUACCAAUGUGUAACUAUAAAAUGAGAAAAAGGUCACAGUUCAAUUUAGAUGAGCAAAAAUUAAUCACUUAAAGUUUACAUAACUGUUAAAAACAACUUUUAAGUCAAAACAGCGCCAGAAUAAGAGAUUAAUUAUAACUGAAACAAACGCAAAACCUUAGAUCUAAAAACGUUUUUUUUUCGUUUGUUUGAAACGCGAAAAAAUUAUUUUUAGAUUCAGUAUCCAUGAAAAAAAAAACAGUUUCAAUGUUUUCAGUGAUAUGUAUUGCAGUUUAAGGUUAGUGUUUUUUUUUCUUUGACCAUUAAAUAAUUUCGUCUAAAUCUGAUCGUUUCUGGUCGAUUAGUCGUAAGAUAAUAAUUUUGUGUGCGCAGAUGCUUGAUGAUCCAGAGCAUAAAAGGAGUGAAAAGGCAGUAAAAACAAAUUGGGCGUAUCACAAUAUGCUUUUGUGCUUGACACCAUUACAAUCCAUUGGUUUGGCUCAUCAAUAACAAAGCGCGCGAGGGUACACAAAAGUUUCAACGACUCCGCAAAAAUUCGAUUCGGUUUUUAUCAUGCUCCGCUUCCCUCCAUUUCGCGAUCAUAAAUCAAUUUACAGCGGAUUUCCACUAGGGAAUUUUGAGUAAUGUCGAUGACAUUUAACAAAUUUCCCCAUUCCCAAUUACGCAAAUGGAUCUCUAGGUACAAUCAAACAAGCCGUGCAUGUACUACGCGUGGCCAACAAACCUCCAUCGAAAAAUUCAGCCCAGCAUAAAUAUCGCAGUAUAUUUGGCAGCAUCGAAAACACGCACGACAUGUUGUGCACGUGUCGUCUGCAAACAUAGGCUCACCGAAAAGAGCGAUUUUGCAAACAGCAGCCCCGGCCGGCCGGCCGGUCAACUGGCCUAAAUUUCCUGACCGUGAUGGCAAAGAAUAUAACGCGUGCCGCAUGCAAAUGGAGCAGCGCCUGGGCCGUGGAGAUCGAGCCCGUAGGUCACCUGUGGCGACGCAGAUGAAGCAACAAAAGUCGCGUGAACACAAUUCAGCCGACACGACCAAUUACCCAGAUUGAACCUGCGCGCGGAGAUAUCGGCAUGAGAGUUGUAUAAAAGGGGCGAAAUGACUGUCUCCGUCACACAGUCAUGGAGCGGGUGUUUCUGCGCAAAUCUGCCUCACUACUCGGCUUGCCGGCUGAGCCGUCCGCCUGGAGUCGGCUAUACUCUCUGGUGAUAUUCCUGCUUAUUACGGUCUCCUCUCUCCACGUCCUCUACAAGUCAGGACUGGAGCCGUUGUUGAACCGGCGCUCAGACGUAACCUUAUCAAUAGCCUACAUUUUUGACUUCAUGGCGAGAAUUGCACGUGUAGUGAGUUACGUAAUUAUGCACAUCCUCACCUACAAACACGCUGGGAAGUUUGAAAAAAUCUGCCAAGUGAUGGCGACGACAAAGUGUAGAGUGAGCGGUGACCUGGCGGCGAAAAACAAUGACGCCAUCCUCUACACCGUGCUGCUGGCCAUGAUCAGACUGAUGGUGACCCUCAGCAGGGUCAUCUUCCGCUCAGCAGGCAUGCCGACCAGCCUACUCAACACCCUGGUCAACAUGCCGUUCCACCUGAAAUUCAUCUUCAACUUCUACAUGGAGCUGCAGCUGUUCACGCUGUGCUCCGAGCUGGAUCAGUGCUUCGACUCCAUCAGGAAUCGCUUGCGACAGCUCAGCAGAAACACGGUCACUAAUUCCAUAACUGACACUGGGCAGGUGCUGGUCGAUAAGUGGCGGCUGCCGCACAUGCAGCAGUUAAGCGUGCACAACACUUUUCUGCUCUCCUACGCCAGCUCGGUGCGCAACCUGCGGAGGGCGCACUCGACCCUUGCUGACCUUACUACGAAGGUCAACAUGCUGUUUGGCAUUCGGCUGUUAGUGGACGUGACUGCCCAACUGACAGCUCUGCUGCUGCGGCUGAAAAUUAUCAUCAUCUGGAUUUUUAGCGUGCUCAGCCCCUCCAGCGAGCGCGUCAACGACUUUGCAAAUUCCAUAGAGCUCGAGCGGGCAGCGUCCGCUUUGAUUCUCUGUCCGGUGCACAUUUGCACCGUCUAUGCCGUGGUUUACUUCUGCACGCGCACCGUGAAAAAGAAUGACCUGAUUUUGGCCGAAAUACACUCGCUGCUGAACUACCCGCUUGAAGAUGACAAUCGACAGGAGCUGCAAAUAUUUGCCAUGCAGCUGGCUCAGAGGAAGGUUCAGUUCACAGCUGCGGGUGUCAUGCCGUUGGACUUUACACUUCUCUAUUCGUUUAUGGGAGUAGUCACGACCUAUUUGGUGAUACUGAUCCAGUUUGGAGCGUCCGUGCCAAGAUACUCUAACAACGAUUCAAAAGUGUGCGUCGAUCUAUUGAGAAAUUUUCUUCAAAAUGGAACAGAAAAUGUAAAUUAAGAUAUUUUUUCAUUUUAAAGGUAAUUUUUUUAAAUAAAAAUAAAUGAAUAUAUUU